GGCAAGUAUUUAUCAUGUACGUCACAGCCUCAGCAUCGAUUGCCUCCGCCUCUCCAUCUCCCCUCAUCGACACGUCCACAUUUCGAGUGCCCGUCGAAACUAGUGGAUGUCGCAGCAAUCAACAGCUCAAAAGCCUUCGCUCCAGGGGGUCAGAAUCAAAGCAAGAAAGGGCGCCGUAAAAGCCCAAGCAAAGCACGAGCCAACUGUCUUCAGAGACCAACUUUAUAAAUAUCUAGAAACCGUACCGGAAGGCGAUUUCGAUUCUUUCACCACAAAAUUAAUUCAAGCAGGUUCAACUCUCGAAUAUCUCAAAUAUGCAGACACUCUUUUUGAAAUCAUCCUCGUCGGCGGACUCCUCCAACCUGGGGGGAGCUACUAUGAUGAUGGCGCUCCAAUCUCGCCAUUCACCAUCUUCAAUGCAAAAGAACCGGCCCAAGUAGACGAUCUCAAAAAGUAUGUCGAGGUUCUGAACAAACUCAUCCGGAGAUACAAGUAUCUACAAAAACCUCUCGAAGAGUCUGCUCUUCCCGGGAUUCUGCAAUAUAUCCAUCGUUGGACUCCAGCUCAGAAAGACAAGGUAGCGGUGACCACCGGUCUCCUUCUCGCUCGAGGUCUUGCAAGCGCAUCUUCUCUUCAGAGUCUUACGAAGGAUCAUCUCAUCAAGAACGAUGUAUCUAUACAUGUGCUGACCUUGAUCAUUCGUGCAUACCUCUCCGAGCAAUCUAUGGAACAUCUUUCUUUGACUCUUAAGAAGGGUGGUAUCAAAGACCUCCUCCUCUUCUUCCCCCCCAGCAAGCGUGAGACUCGCUACCUCGAAGAAUACUUCAAGAAGGAGGGACUUUCUCAAGUAGCCGAUUGGUGGGCGAAGAAACAGUAUGCCAUUGUGAAAGAUAGCAUCGUAAAAGAUCUAUAUGCUCUUCGCGAGCGCGAAGAAUCCAACGAGGCUAUCAUCGUUGCCAUCAAAUCACAACAAGAAACUAAUCCUAUUCCCGAUACCGAGUUGAUUCUCUGUAUCUGGCAAGGACUGAUGUCGUCCGUCGAUUGGACCGCGCGUCCUGAUCAAAUCGAAGGUCUCGUUGUGCGUGAGGUCGGGAAAUUUGCCCCGAUUCUCGAAGCCUUCUGCACUGGCGCCAAAACUGAGGUUGCCCUUAUCAAUGUUGUACAAGUGUAUUGUUACGAGGAUACUCGCGUCAUCAAGACAUUUGCACAAAUUCUCAAAGUUCUGUAUAAUAAAGACUGUAUCUCUGAUCAAGCCAUUAUCUAUUGGCAUCAAAAGGGCUCAAAGCCUCAAGGCAGGCAGCAUUUCUUAAAGAGCACGGAAGCAUUAGUUAAGUUCUUGCAGGAACAGGAUGAAGAAGACGAUGAAGAAGAAUGAGGAUACCGUCUUAUAAAAUUUCUUAUUUCUCUUACCUGCGUUUAUAUCACGAUGGAAGGUCUGCAUAGACGACUACAAUGCCUUUAUUUGCCGUAUCUUGUAAUAUUGACAACACGUAGAGGGUACAACUCCUCGAGUUACAGAGAA